AUGGUUUUUUUUAAGAAAAGUGUAUCACCAUCUUUGCUAGCCGAACAUGAGCAGAUACUGAGUUUAUUCAAGGGCUGCGACGUCAACAAUGAUGGAAAGCUUAGCAAAGACGAAGUGAAAGCAGGUUUUCGAAGGCUUCAGUCUCGUUUUCCUGGUUUUAGAACUCAACGUGCGUUUAAGGUGGCUGACAAAAACGGCGAUGGGUUCAUCAGCGAGGCAGAGCUCGACGAGCUUGUUGAUUAUGUCUUGGACUGUUACGAAGGCAGCCGCAAGAGAGAAAAAAAAAUGGUGUUUUUCUUCAAUAAAAGAACAGAAACAAAGCACAAAGAUUUACCUCCCAAAGAAGAUUACGAUGAAUUAGUGAAGCUAUUCAAGCGUUGCGAUGUCAACAACGACGGAAGGCUUAGCUGGGAAGAAGUAAAAGCAGGUUUUCGACGCCUUCACUCUCGUUUUCCGGUAUAUAGAACCCAUCGUGCCUUCCAAAUGGCUGAUCAAAACCACGAUGGCUACAUCAACGUCGGCGAUGAGCUCGACAAGCUUGUUACUUAUGUUUUGGAGUGUUACCCAGGCACCAUCAAACUUAGAUUGAUUUAG